ACUUUUUUAUUUUGAUAUACAAUCAGCUGUUCAUUUACAAUUUUUCUAGAGUUGGCUUUGGUCCUUUUUAACUGUUGAAAACUGAAAACUGUGCUGAAAAUCCAGUUAAAUUGGAAUAUAAUUAUUUUGGUGAGCUACUGAGCAUAUAGCCUCAUUUCUAGAAUAGCUAUUUUUGAUGACAUCACUUGGACUCGCUAAAGUCUAGAUCAAAGGUCUAGAUUUGACAUCAUUUAAGUCAAUCAUACCAAAAUAUACUAUUUCUGAUAGAAGAAAUGUAUUAAAAGUCAUCUCUUAAACGACAUGACUGAGGAGGUAGGUGUCGAUAAAAUGAAAAAUGAAUUGAAUGAUGUCAUUCGAAAUUGGUCUAAAUUUGCAAAAGUGUAUGAUCCCAUAAAAUGCGGCUCUAUAGAUGGAACUGAUGUUGUUGCCCAUGAUAGGGCAGUUGAAAGAGCUCAGAAAGCGACAUACAGGCCAAAUAGAUUUGUAAAAGGUCGUCCAGAAUGUACAGUCUUUGUAAGCAGAUUAAAUCACGAUACCACCAAAGAUACUAUAAAGGAAAUCUUUUCAAAGCAUGGUAAAAUAAAGAGAUUUCGAAUGGUCAAGGAUAUAGUAACGGGAAUGCCAAAAGGAUAUGCCUUUGUAGAGUACGAGGAAGAAAGAGCAGCUGAAGAUGCUUACAGGCUGACCAACAAACAGGUUGUGGAUGGCAACACGAUAUUUGUGGACUUUGAAUGUGAAAGAUUAUUGAAAGGAUGGAAACCAAGAAGACUCGGAGGUGGUUUUGGAGGCAAAAAAGAAUCUGGUCAGUUGCGUUUCGGCGGAAGAGAUCGGCCGUUCAAGAAACCCAUCGCGUUAGAACUAAUAGAGGAAGAAGAAGAGAAGAAGCGCAAGGAAAAGGAGAGACGUAGAAGGGAAGAAGAAAGACACCACAAAGAACACGGGAAAAGAACUAGAAAACGGUCCCGUCCCAGAAAUUCCAGAUCACCGGCUAGCAGAGAACGACAUUCCCCACCAAGGAAACAUCCUAGACUCUCUCCUGCAAAAGAUAAUCCUAGAAAGUCUCCCAUAAGUGAUCACAGGGGAAGAUCUCGUUCGCCACAAAGACGAAAAUCACCUCGUUCACCCCAAAGAAGAAAAUCACCUCGUUCGCCUCCAAGAGGAAGAUCGCGAUCACCUGUUGGAAACUCAGUGCCAAGAAAACAGUAUUCUCCUCAAAGAGAUAAAAUAAGCCACGAAAGAAAUAUUAAAUCGCCUUCCAGAAGUUCGGGGAGUUACAGGAAAUCACCCAGCUCUCACUUGGAUCACCUAAAACCCAAGCCGAGGUACCACUCGCCUAUAAACGAUUCAUUUUCUAGACCUCGACAUUCUCCGGAAAAAGAUAGGAACAGUUAUAGUCAGAGACCGUUCUCAAAAGGUCUUGAUAACUAUGAACCGUUAACUAACGAUAGAUUUAACGAUAGUCGUGAUAGAGGUUCGUUUCGUCCCGAAUCACCAGGUCGUCAACGCUUCAGAUCGAGAGAAUCCAGUCCAUAUUUUUCACAUAAAGUAGACAGGCGUAAUUCGCCUCAAACUAAUAGAGAUAGAUACUAUUCUUCUCCGUUACAUCACGUAGAUCGUUGCCAGGAAGAUUAUGCAAGAGCAAAUCAAAAUAAUUUAUCCAAGGAUAUUGAUAAUCAGUACAGUUAUCAUCAGCAAAACCAACAACCGGUGGACUUUUCUUAUAGUUCGUUUCCCAAAGAACCCAGACCGCGAUCGCCUUUUGAAAAGGAUAAGUAUAUUUCACCGCCGAGAGGCACCGAAUUCUCGAGAAGAUCAGAAGAAAGGAAACCGCUAUACAGGGAAAAUAGGAAGAGUCCACCGCCGAGGUAUAAUGCUAGACAAAUUUCACCUCGCAGGAACUUCAGGCAGAACUAUGAUGAUAGGGAAAAUAGGCGUCGGUCUCCAUUGAACAAUAGCUUUAAAAGAUAUUCAGUAAGAGACUCUAGGAGGUAUUAAUUAAUAUAAAUAAUCAUAGGUGUAAGCAAAUGUAAUUUUCAAAAUGAAUUAGAGUGAUAUGGGAAGUAGAAUCAUGCUCUCAGUACUUCUGGUGUUUCAUUUUCCUUAUUAGUUUGGUUUGGUUUACACAAUUUAAGUUCAAGUCCCACCUUAAAAUAUUAGGUCGCUGAACAAUAGCUGUACAUUCUGUAUAAGAUCUUCAUUAAAAUUACCUCGUGCCUUUUGUGAUUAUAUAAUUGUAAGUUUAUGGUUACAUAAUAAAAUGCCACAUCAAGGUACCAGAUUACUUGGAGUUUCUUUUCAUUCAUUUUAAAAAAUACUGUAUUCACCUGCCAGUAAAUUAGUAUUCGCCUCAAAGAGAUAAAGUUAGUCACGAAAGAAAUAUUAAAUCGCCUUCCAGAAGUUCGGGGAGUUACAGGAAAUCACCCACCUCUCACUUGGACCACUCAAAACCCAAGCCGAGGUACCACUCGCCUAUAAACGAUUCAUUUUCUAGACCUCGACAUUCUCCGGAAAAAGAUAGGAACAGUUAUAGUCAGAGACCGUUCUCAAAAGGUCCUGAUAACUAUGAACCGUUAACUAACGAUAGAUUUAACGAUAGUCGUGAUAGAGGUUCGUUUCGUCCCGAAUCACCAGGUCGUCAACGCUUCCGAUCGAGAUAAUCCAGUCCGUAUUUUUCACAUAAAGUAGACAGGCGUAAUUCGCCUCAAACUAAUAGAGAUAGAUACUAUUCUUCUCCAUUACAUCACAUAGAUCGUUGCCAGGAAGAUUAUGCAAGAGCAAAUCAAAAUAAUUUAUCCAAGGAUAUUGAUAAUCAGUACAGUUAUCAUCAGCAAAACCACCAACCGUCGGACUUUUCUUAUAGUUCGUUUCCCAAAGAACCCAGACCGCGAUCGCCUUUUGAAAAGGAUAGGUAUAUUUCACCGCCGAGAGGCACCGAAUUCUCGAGAAGAUCAGAAGAAAGGAAACCGCUAUACAGGGAAAAUAGGAAAAGUCCACCGCCGAGGUAUAAUGCUAGACAAAUUUCACCUCGCAGGAACUUCAGGCAGAACUAUGAUGAUAGGGAAAAUAGGCGUCGGUCUCCAGUGAACAAUAGCUAUAAAAAAUAUUCAGUAAGAGACUCAAGGAGGUAUUAAUUAAUAUAACUAAUCAUAGGUGUAAGCAAAUGUAAUUUCCAAGAUGAAUUAGAGUGAUAUGAAAAGUAAAAUCAUGUUCUCAGUA